AAACUACACAUAAAAACUUGCAAUUAGUAUUAUCUUCUAAAGCUAGUUCAUCUUCAAGAUCUAUAUUACAUGCAAUACAUGUAACUACUUCUGCUAAGAAAGAGAUCUUAAAAGAAUUAGAGAUAUAUAAAGAUUCUAGU